CGCAUACACGCGCACUAACUCGCACACACCUGAUUAAUCCUUUGAAAAUACAAAAAUUGCCAAACAUCUCUCCAUUUUCCAUUUAAUUAUUUGCAAUUUCUGAGGCUUGUAGCCAUUCAUGACACGUACACUUAUACCUUUGUUAUUUUGUUCAGGUAAUUUUUCUCUAACUUCCUAAAUUGUCAAGAGAAAAAUGACAAAAGUUCCAGAUGAACUGAUUCAGUAGAAAUUUUUUCUUUCAAUUACAGGUGAAACUCGAAAAAUUGGAAUGUCAUGAAUUUAUUUCAGUAACUAAAGUGACAAUGUGUAGUUUUUACUGUUAAUCUCUGGAAACAUCCAUUGAAAUGUUGUUGAAAAUGAGUUAAAUUAUGACCAGUUGAUGAAAAUAUUGGCGGCUUUGUAACAUAUGACCAUAAAAAUCUAGUCUAAAAUACAUGGGUGUGGGUCUAAGUCUCUGGGCGACAACAAUGUUUCCUUCUACGUGAGCCUGUGAGGACAAAAUGCAUUUACUGAUUUGUAACAAGCGGUUACAAAACGUUUGCCAUUCGUAAAUGUCGUUGUCGUACACAUUUACCUCUUAACUCGUUGCCAUUGAUGAAAGGAAGUCUGAUUAUUAGCCUUCAGCUUUAUCGCUGCCUGUUCCGACUCCAACCUGGACCGACAUCCUAGGUAGUUUAGCUCCUGUUUAUUUGCCAGAGUUAACCAAACUACAGACCUCUGCAUGCCCCCUCGACAUCUGACCCUCAUCUUUGAUUAAAAAUGCUUUUCAUUCCAUUGGUCCCAGUAUGCUCUCUAUAAUUAAUUCUUCACUGGUGUAAUGAUUUGAAGUUAUAUAUUUAUACACUGUAAUUAGAUCUAAGUAUUAUAAUCAGAAGUGGUUGUUUUUAUCAUCAGGGAGUUUACUUAAACACUCUGUAUUGACUGAGAGACAAGAAAAGAGAGAGUUGGGAUCAUUUAAGAAUCUUUAAUUUCUAUAAUUAUAAAUUCUUACAAUCUACCAGGACUAUCUCAAUGAUGGAUGCAUAUGGAUUUGGAUGUUUCGUGUUGGUGUGUGUGUGUGUGUGUGUGUUGUUCAGAAUCUCUAGGCUGACGUGGCGAAUCUGGUUGUUAUGACUAGGAACCACGAGGCUUCAGAAGCUGAUGACAUGAGCCGCCAUUUUGUGCCGUGACCACGUACCUAUGGAGUCUCCCGUGUAGAUCAGGAAAUGCCAGGUCCUCGGACCUCGGAUGUACCGGAGCUGGUGAAACAGCGGUCGCAGCACUACAAAGCCCGUCUGUGGGUCGGCUCCGGUAGCAGUCGGCAGGCGUCAGCAAGUUCACUCUUAUUUUGAAUGAACGUCGUCUAGUUGUUCAAACGACGGAAACUUCCAGCUUGACAGUUCUCAGCUUAAAGUAGAAAGUACAGCUGGCCAGCCUGUAACUUUCUUAAUGAUGACGAUGGAAAUCCUUAGGACCUCCACAUGAAUGGAACUGAGGUUAACAUGGAACUGAGUAUAAAAUGGCGUUGCCUUGUUUUAUAUCUCCCAGUUGUUUAUAAAUCUUAGUAAACCGGAUUGGACGACUUAAGUAAACAACCCAGAUUCUCUCUACGACAGACGAAAGUUCUGAUUGGUUGAAAACAAUGUGUCAUGCGUUUCCAUGGUAAUGUAGAUCAGUCUGUCUGGUGCAGUCCUGUUUAUUCAUUAAACACAUAACUCAUCAUUCCAUUCCAAUCAUUACACUGGUUUCUGUUCAGGUCCCUGCUUACUUUAAGAAUGCUGUAAUCCACACGCUUCUUGCAAAACCCAAUCUUGAUCAGUCUCUCCAUAGCAGCUUCAGACCAAUCUCUAAACUUCAAUUCAUCUCCAAGAUCUUGGAAAAGGUUGUGGCUGAACAGCUCACAGCUGCUCUUGAUGAACAGAACAUCUAUGAUAGCUUCCAGUCAGGUUUUCCUAGAGCUCGUUCUACUGAAACAGCUCUUCUUAGGGUCUCUAAUGACCUUCUGACCUACAGUGAUGCAGGGGACUGUUCUCUUCCGGUUCUGCUGGACCUGACUGCAGCCUUUGACACUGUUGACCAUCACCUGCUACUGGAGAGGCUGAGAGACUGGGUAGGCCCACCAAAGAGUUCCUGAGCCUGUGAAUGAUCUCUGAGUCUAAGCUGAAUUACGGAAAUAAAUUGACUUUUACACCAUAUUCUAAUGUUUUGAAUUUCACCUGUAUUGCAUCAAUUCUUCAUUUAAAAUGACAGUUUUAUUGCAAUAUUAAAAUAAUAACAAUAGGAAUAAUAAUAAUUUGUGAGACAUUUUGAUUUUUAUUGCUUCCUUUCAUGAGUAAGUAGGACACUUCAGAUAAAAACACACUAAACACAAUGGUUUAAACAUUGUUUAGACUUCAAACUGACAGUUUUUGGAGAACAAUGGUGCCGAAUCACAGGUUUUCAUCUACAAACCAACAUCAGAAGGGCCUUUCUGUCACAGACAAGCUGGACCGGUUCUUUAAUAGAGAGCAGCAUUUAUAAACAUCAGUGAAGUCACACCAAAGACAAACAUUAAAAGGAAAGUGACAGCUAUGAGAGCCACAGCGGAACAGCCUGCAGGGAUUUAUUUUGAGCUUGGAAAAGAGAAGGUGAUUCCCCGCAGCCUUGGCUGCCUGUUAGGAGAACAGAACCGGGCUGUGGAAACCUUCAUGUCUUCUCUGUGCCAAAGAGGUAAAUAUUAACAAUGUAACAGGGGAUUGCAGCACUGCCUCUGCCAUGCUGUGUAUGCUCGCUUCAGUGAGCCCACCACUUCUCUGAUCACGCAGCCGUUUGUCAGGCAUUUUAAAAAUAACAAGCGAAGUUAUUAUUUUUUGUCCCUACUCAUCAAACAUGAAUUUGAAGUUACUUUGCUGCGUUUGUUUUCAUCCAAGCUCUCCACCAUCCUUGUUGCUACACUAGGAAGUCUCCAUAGUAACAAGGGAAGGCGGCUGGCAGGAUGGAGGGAACAGCAGCAGCUUCAGCUUUGAUAGGAGAGAUCAGCACUUACUCUGUUUGAAUUAGCGCCAACCACUAAACCAUUUACUGUGGAUGUGCACGGCUUGUGAGAAGAAAUUUUAUUUAUGAGCACUAACGACUAUGAGGAUGUUUCUGGAAGAGGAUGGGAGCAGACUGGGUCUCAGCAAGCAGGGACUUUGUUUGGAGAGCAGCGCUAAGAUGAGCUAAGACAAGGCCAGCAUCCCUGACUGCACAUGCACCCAAAUAAUAAGCUUCUAUAUAAAAAUCAUGGUGGUGACAUUUUGUGAAACAGCAAAGGUCACUGGAACAGAAGAUAAAAUGAAAAAAAAAAGGAAAAUAAAAGGUUUCUAGGAUUUUUCUUGAUAUUCUGAAACAUUCUUCUGUGUACAAGUUGUCAUUAAUGCAUUUUAUGCAUGUAGUUUUUCCCAAACGGCCUCUGUCCAGAGUCUUUGUCUGAAAAGCUGAUGAGCUGUCUGAACGCAGUAGGGGGUGAAGUCUGGAAUUCCCUCAUAUUUCUGCUAAAAUCCCCUUGUGAUACAUAAUACACAACAUACUCUAACCCUAACCCAGUUUUCCAUUCAGUACUUAAAAUUUUAUGUUUGCUAUAAGCAUGAUAAAGAUCAGAUGAAUGCAAAGCUAAAAAUUGUUGUCCAGACUGCUGUUUGGUGAGCUGCAAUCUUUUGCACGCUUAAAAUCUGAAAGCUGCAGAUUUUGGACAACGAUUCUGUGCAGAACCGUCACAUCAACAAACCUACUAAAAAUCUAUUAAAUCUAAGUAACAACCGUCUCUGUGCAAAAAUAAAACAACCAAGAACCUGCAAUUGUGCUUGUGGACCAUAUUCUUUCACUUAUUUCUGAGCAAAUUAUUUCUCUAAAGUACACUUUUUACUUUUUACAUUAAGACAAAAGUUUCUGUAAACAAAUAAUUUAAAAUACUCUUAUUUCGAAAUACCUCAUAAAUUAUUUAUCUAAAAAUACCAGAACUCACUAAUUACAUACAUAUAAAUCUGAACAAACAAUAACGUUGACUGAAAAGAAAACUAUUUGCUGUAUUUUGAUGCAGCCUCUGCUGACGAUGAUUACCCAGGAUGCUGUUGCUAGUGCUUUCACAUAAAUUUGAUUAAUUCUGCAAGCUGAUUGGCUGAUCAGUGAUAGACAUGCAGCAGACAAGACAGACUCUUUAAAUGGCCAACAGUCUAAACAUAGAAACACCCUGACACACACAUCUAAACAAUCUACACCUAUUUUCCUUUGAUUUUAAAAAUCAUGCAUUCUUUUUUAUCAGCUGUUGGAGGUCUGUGAUCUGCUGCCUGUAUAGUCAGUUGUUGUUGUCACAACAAACAGACAGAUGGUGGAGAGGGUGAUGAAGUAGCAGAAAGAAGAUGCUGCUAUGCUUCACGCUGGAUGACUCAUCACUCUGUCACUGUGACCUUUAUCUGCUCCUCUCUCCACCUCGUAUUUCUUUUCCCUUUUAUUUUUAUUAUCAGCAUUCCUUUUAUCUCGGUGGGUGUGCCACUCCCCUUCUCACAUCCUCUACGUGCCCUGUCAUACAAAUCUGCACAUAAUGAGAACAUUUACAUUUUCUUUCCUCUCUCGCUCCCUUUGAAUCUUUUUUAUUUCCCUGAGGAAGUCUCAUCUGUCUAAAGUGGGUAAUUCUGAUUAUUUCACAAACUGUAGCUUUUAGACCCACAAUUCAGGUAGAAUAAUAAUCAUUAUGGUUUGUAUUUAACAUCAUCCUGUUAGUCAGCCUUUGACUGACAUCAGAAAACAAUCAGUGGAGCAUCUAAAGCUGCAUAUUUCAUAUUUAUGCACAGCUGCAUCUGCAAAUCGGACAUCAUUUACAUGCUGCCCUCUGAGAUAAGCACACAUUUGGAAACAUAUCGAUUCCCUCUUUGUUUCCUUAAAGGCCAAGAAAACAAGAGAAUGUGAAACAAAAUCAAUUCAGGAGUACUCCACUCUGAAAGUAAGCAGAUCUCUCUAGAGGGCCGUGAUCAUGACCAGCCUGGCUGAAUUUCAACAAGAGAGGCAGAGAACUUCCAAGGUCACCGUCUAUUUAUAGAGGAUGGGCCUGAAGAAUGGAGAGAAGAUCCGAUCAAAAAGAGGGAAGAAGGUCUAAACAAGUAGAUGCAGAAGCAAAGGUCUCAGGAUUGAUGUGAGGCACAGGAUCGAGAGGGGGAAAAGGUUCUUUCAUGCAUCAGUAAUAACAUAUUUACAUAGACAGACAUCUGUUGCUUUGGAGUAUUUUGCAGAAAUGAAAAGGUAGAACACCUAUACAGGUAUGACUAGUUUCAAUAUUAGCUUGGAUUCAGUUACAAGCAAAUUAUCAAGAUCACUGCAGAAGAAUGAGGUUGAGUGAAAUCUCACGUGUGUUCCCAGGAUAGUUUUAUGAGUGAAGAUCAUCUACAACAGAAGCCCUGGUGUGCCACCUUAAGGCAGCAGAAUUUGGAGUCUUACUUUAGGACAUCUCUUUUCUGAUUGGCUAGCAACACGACUCUACCACUUAUUCAGUUAGCUUUGCAACGUUGAUGUUUUAUCUUCACAAAUAACACAAGCCUGGAGGAGUUCCGCUGUGUGGCGGAGUUGCUAAUGCUAAUGACGGUUAGCUUCUACUAGUUGAGACGUUCUCUGCUGAUUCCUGGAUGCUAAACCAACAACCGCCUUCCCCGUCACAAACCAAGAUGGGUGAGUCCAUGAAUGUUAAGUGACAGUGUGAUGUAGUUCUAGUAUGUCAGCUCAAUUUUUUAAAGUCCCAACAGACCAGACUGGCAAUUCUGAAGUUGAAAGUGGAAUAUUUUUGCCACAGAGGGUGAUAGGGGCUGGGUGGCCUUUCAAUAACCCUGUAAAAGGGUCAUUUUAGCACAUACUGGCUGAAAAAAUGAUUUUAAAAUAUGAAAAAGUUGCAAAGUAUCCCUUUAAAACAUGCUUUUUUCAGUGUUCCACGCCGUUAAUUAGGAGAUGCAAGCAUCAGGACAUUUGCAUUCAUGGAUUUAGUCAUAAAUGCCUCUGAAAAGCAAAUUAUUCAAAAGUUAAAAUCAAGUCCAUCUGUCAGGCUGCUGAAGCCCACUGAAACUGGGUCAUGCAACAGGACAACGUUGCCAAGCACACACACACACACACACACACACACACACACACACACACACACACACACACACACACACACACACACACACACAUCUAUGACAAAAAAGGCUUAAAAGGUAAAAGUUGCAGCAGCCAGCGUCCAGAUUUUCCUUCUCAGAAACUGCCAAAUGACUUGAAGGGAACUGUUCAUAAAUCAGUGCUUCUGACUCUUAAUGAACAGAACAGCUGUGGGAAGAGUGGGCCAAAAUUUCUCCACAAUAGUGUCAGAGCCUAGUGUUAGCAGACAGAUGACAUUUACCUCCAAAUAUUUCAUCUGAGGUUAGAGAAUCGUGAGAAGUGAUUCUGAGACCUGCUCAUGACAGCAUGGAUCAUUAUGCUGUUAGUUAUUUGUGCGUGUUCCUUUUAUUAAAUGAAUCUAUUUAAAAUGUAAAACUAAAACACAUAAACGUGUCUUGCACACAGACAUAAAACAUUCUGACUGUAUUUUUAGAAGCUGGAUGAUUAAACGUGUUUUUUGGUGAAGCGCUGCUGGCUGCAUCAGAGUUUUCUCCUUCCUACUUUGAGCGUGAGCCAUCACCUGCUGCAGCUCCAGCAGAGGUCAUCCAGGACAAAGCUCCUCCCCUGCAGUCUGCUGUCACGACCCCCUUUUAUUUACCCUCUGCGUGUCUCUUUUCCACAUUCCCUCUUUUUACUUCCACGUGUUCUGCUGCAUGGGAAGAGUGGAGAGUAUGAAGGUCUGCAGAAUCACAAACACAAAACAUCCUCAUCACCCAAGCUCCCCUUGUGGGGGCUACUGGGAAAAUCACGUGUUUACGAGACCUAAUGGGAUACUUGCUUUGUUGGGAAUGAUCCUAUAUUUUUAUUGUAUCUCAACCUCUGAUAUGCCGCCUGCUUAUUUUGAGACCUGCAAUAUUAAAUAUAACCAACUAGAUUCAUCAGUCAAAAAUAUCCUUCGAAAAUUUAAAGUUCUCUGGUCUUUUUGAAGUCAUAUGACCCAAAUAGCUGGAAAACAUUCUAUGGUUUCACUCUGAGGUUCUAGGUGACCUGCAGAGCGUAACUUAAAACAUAAUCAAUGAUCCAUAUCUGUUCGAAGCUGAAACCAACUGAAGGUGAACUGAAAUGCGGAAGGCUGCUUUGUGCUCUCCGAGUUCUCCCUCCCAACACUAAGAAUUUUUAGAUGUUUUUCUGCUCCAACACACCUGAUUUGAGUUAUUGUGUGAUUGACAGGCUUCCUCAGCAGUAUAUGACAUGCUGAAGAGGUAUUCAGUCAUUGCAUCUAGAAACACAGCUUUUAACAGGUACACGGAAAAGUGACCACAUAAUCCUGGUCUUAGCUUUCCUUCACUGGCUCCUUGUUUGCUAUAGGAUUGAUUUAAUGCUAAUUUUUAAGGCACUUAAUGGAUUGGCCCCUUCCUAUUUAAAAGAACUCAAAACAUCACUCUAACACUAGAAAACUUAGGACAAACAAUCAGAUGUAUCUCACUGGGCCCAGAUCUAAAUACAAAAGUAAGGGUGAUUGUGCCAUUGCAGUGUCCGCUCCAGGUUUGUGGAACAAGCUCCCUUUUAAUAUUAGAUCUGUUUGGGAGACUUUAAAAAGCUGCUAAAAACUCAUUUUUUUCUCCAUGGCUUUGAGGAAGUAUUGAUAUUGCUCAUUUUUUCUUCUAAUCUUAGGAUUUGUAUUUUCUUUUUACUUUUCAUCCUUGUUUUAUGAUCAUGAUUUCUUAAUAUUUUAUAGUUCUGCUGAGAUUGUUUGUUUGCAUUGGUUUAGUUUUUGUUGUACAGCACUUUGGUGCAGCUCUGUUGUUUUUUGAAGUGCUUUAUAAAUACAUUUGACAUUGACAUGCAGAAUAGUGGUUCUCCAGAACCAGAACUGGUCACCACAGCAAUGCAAGACAAACAUAAAAUGGUUAAAAUAACAAUAACUGUUGGAACACUACAAACAACAACAAUCCUCAACAAAAACAGAAUGUAAUCAGACAACCCUGCAUGUCUAAAAUGCUACUGCACAGGAAAAACUGUAAUGUUGUUACUUUGCAUCGUGUGAACAAAGCCAACAAAUGAAAAAAAUAUUAAAUAUCAAACAUAUUAUUUUCAAAUACAAUUACACAUGCAAACAAAACACUUACUGGGAUUUUAGUCAAGUUUAUUGUGUUCAGACAGAGCAAGCCAUUCAUCUCCCCAGACUAUUUAAUAUUAUUUAUUUACUUAUUUAUUGUUGAAAUAGCCUUAGUUUUGAAACACAGAGAGUGAAUCAUUAAUAAUAAUGCAACGUUUAAAGCUACAAUGGCAAAUCUACAAAACAAAUUUGCCUAAAACAUUUCUUUCAUGCCUCUUAAACAACAUUCUAACAAAGUAUGGCUGUAAAAAUAUUGAGGAAAUUAAAAUAAAAACAUAAAAUUAUGAUGUGGUUCUCUUGCAUUUGUCAAAAAAACCUCAGCCUAAAACAUGGAUCGGUCCAAAAAAACAAUGAUUGGACAAUUGGUUGCCUGUCUCUCCAGACCGCCAUGUUUCUUCACUUCCCAUAGGUUCUCCAUUCAUUGCGCAUGCACACAUUUUGCAACAUAACACCACUGGUGUUAGAGGAUCUCCACUCUAUAAUAUCAGAGAAGGAGAAACCACUGGCUGCAACUACAAGAGUCCAAAAAAGAAAAACACAAUUUGAAGUCAUGGAAAACAAAAGAUGUUUGGACCUAGAAAAGGUGACUGGUGUUUAGCGCUCUCUCGUUUACUCUGUCAUUGCAGGUUUCCAGUUCUGUGGCGUAGGGAUGACCGAUGGGAGGGGUGAGAGUUAUGUGACCAUGUUUGUGUUUAAAAGCCAACUUGUUUUACAGAUUAAAGCCAUUGCAGCUUUUAUAUGGACUGGAGUAAAUUAACUGUGGUUUGAUAGCAAUCUUGACUCAAACAGUGUUUAACUCUAAUAUCUUCUCAGUCUUUCUUUUCCUGAUUUAUUCCACUCACACAGAAGACUGGGAGAUGUUGGCUCAGCUCUCUCCUUCCUAGAACUUCAGAAUGGUUCUCCUUUAUUUACAUUCACAGCUGAUGAGGAUUUUAAGGGUCUUGGUCAUCAAUCAGACUGUUUAUGUAGCAGCUCUCAUUGAAACCUUCAGAAAAAUUGGCAAACUGACUAAGCUGGCUCCCUGCUUAGUCCAGAUUGAGCUACUACUGCUGCUCAGGCAUCCAAACGCUUUCAUCGAAAUCAAGAUUCUGAUAAAUGGACAAACGAGAGAUUGUAAAUCCUGUUAAAUUCAGGCAGUAUAGAAAACAUCUGAGCAAGCAGAGCAAAACGUGCUGGACACUGACCCUCAAGGCCCGGAAUGGAAUAGCCCUGUUCUAGGCUCUAAGUGUCACAAUCUAAUCAGCUAAUCAAUCCAAAACACCUGCAAAGGGUUUCUGGGCCUUUAGAGGGUCUCUCAGUCUAAUAACUGAAACGAAUGGACUUUUGCACCACAUUCAAAUUGUUGGAGUUUGUAUUUUAAUGAAGGGUCAGAGUUGAUGAGCCUCACAGCCUUAGAGAAUAGCAUGCUCCUGGGCUGUUGUCUGGGCUUUGCGGCUGAUACAUGUCUUUCCUGAAGGAGGGAUGAUGAAUAAUUUAUGAACUGGAUGAGUGAGGUCCAACCACUUAGACUUUAUUUUAUUUAUUUAUUUAUUUAUUUAUUUAGCUGUCUUUCUGAACUUGUCUGAAUUCAGAGCAGCUUUUUAUUUCUUUUUUCAUUUAUUUAUUUAUUUAUUUAUUUAUUUAUUAUGCUCUUUUUAUGAACACAUUCUGGCAAGCUGACUGAUGUCUGCCGGGAGGAUUGCCCAGUUAAGUUUGGCUGUUUCCAUGUGACAUCAUUUAAAAUCUUAACAAUAAAAUAAAUGAACAUCCCAUCGUUAGCUCCUGGCCCACUGGUUUUAUGAUCAUUUGUGAACUCCUUAUUUGUGCGAGUCUCUGUCAUCCUUUAUUCUCCGGUGAGAGAUUCGUUCCUUGGUGAAAGGCGAUGCUUCCUCUUUAAUGUGAAAGCAGCGACGAGAGGAGGAAGAGGGAGCGCGCGCAGGGAUGGGGCGAGGCGCGCACGAGGCUUUUAGUAUGCGCUGCGAUGCCCAACUGCAGCCCACUCAUCCCAACUACGGUGAAUUAUGGUGAAAUAUGAGAGACCAGGCGAAGAGACCGGCAGCUAACGCAGCAGUUACUCGUGAUGAGGGGACAAGGCGGGCUGCGCAAAUUAGUCUAAAUAAGUGGAGACGGACAGAUACAGAGCAAGGACCUAAAGGCAACUUAAGAGAAGAGACGGAGCGGAUCAAAUCCGCGCGUCUUCGCACCGAGAGAAUCGCGGCGGACCUGCCUGUGCCUGAACCCUCCAGCGUUUGGAGCCUUUACGUCCUCGUGGCCCAACGUGGCCCCCGCCCUAUCUGAAAGCUGCAGGCCCCAUCUUCUUCCACCAUGACGGUUGCCACCAGCGACCCUGCAGAUGAGGCGGCACAUUCAGGUCAGCCUCAUGACCAGUAUGAUCUCGAGCCGGAUCACGAAUGCUGUGAGAGGGUCGUCAUCAACAUCUCAGGCUUACGCUUUGAGACUCAGCUCAAGACGCUCUCUCAGUUUCCAGAGACGCUGCUUGGUGAUCCUAAAAAAAGGAUGAGGUACUUUGAUCCCCUCCGUAAUGAGUACUUUUUUGACCGGAACCGGCCGAGUUUUGAUGCUAUCUUGUAUUACUACCAGUCUGGAGGGAGGCUACGGCGGCCUGUCAAUGUGACUCUGGACAUUUUUUCCGAGGAAAUUAGGUUUUACGAGUUAGGAGAAGAGGCCAUGGAAAUUUUCAGGGAGGACGAAGGCUUCAUAAAGGAAGAAGAGCGACCACUGCCAGAGAAUGAUUUCCAGAGGCAAGUGUGGCUUCUGUUUGAAUACCCAGAAAGUUCAGGCCCAGCUCGAAUCAUCGCCAUCAUCUCUGUCAUGGUGAUUCUCAUCUCCAUUGUGAGUUUCUGCCUGGAGACACUGCCGCUUUUCCGAAACGAAGAAAAUGAUAAUUACAAUUAUCCAGCUCCGUCCAUGUCCAACUCCACUUCUAAUUAUUACAGCUCACCAUAUUUUACAGAUCCGUUCUUCAUCGUGGAGACCCUCUGCAUUAUCUGGUUCUCCUUUGAGUUCCUCGUCAGAUUCUUUGCUUGUCCAAGCAAAGCUGGAUUUUUUGGUAACAUCAUGAAUAUCAUAGAUAUUGUUGCAAUCAUUCCUUACUUCAUCACCCUUGGCACAGAACUUGCAGAGAGGCCAGAGGAUGGCCAGGCAGGUCAGCAAGCUAUGUCUUUAGCUAUCCUUCGCGUCAUCCGUCUGGUGAGGGUGUUUCGUAUCUUUAAACUCUCUCGCCACUCUAAAGGACUCCAGAUCUUAGGACAAACUCUGAAAGCUAGCAUGCGUGAGCUGGGCCUGUUAAUCUUCUUCCUGUUCAUUGGUGUAAUCCUCUUCUCAAGUGCCGUCUACUUUGCAGAAGCAGAUGAGCCUGAUUCACAGUUUAGCAGCAUCCCAGAAGCCUUUUGGUGGGCAGUGGUUUCCAUGACCACUGUAGGCUAUGGAGACAUGGUACCAACAACCAUUGGAGGAAAAAUUGUGGGGUCUCUCUGUGCAAUUGCUGGCGUGCUGACUAUCGCCUUGCCCGUGCCUGUCAUUGUGUCGAACUUCAACUAUUUCUACCACAGAGAGACAGAAGGAGAGGAGCAGGCGCAGUACCUGAACAUCCCAAGUGUGCCUAAAGCCAGCUCAGCUGAUGAUCUGAAGAAGAGUGGACGGAGUGGCAGCGGAUCCACGCUGAGCAAAUCUGACUAUGUCGAGAUCCAGGAAACUGUGAACCACAGCACUGAGGACUUCAGACCAGAGGCCAAGAAAACAGGAAACUGCACAUUGGCCAACACCAACUUUGUAAACAUCACAAAGAUGCGUACAGACGUGUAGUGGGUGGUCCAACUAAACGUCAGCUGUCUCCUUCUGCUGAUCCACAAAGAAUGAGCAUACCGUUACUUUGCAGGUAUUGAGGAAACCCUCAAGUUUUCACUCUCUUAAUGGACUGAUCAGUGUACAUUGUAAAACUGCCACCUGUCUUAUGUCAGACAUGUUGAAUGUGUGCAUGAAGUUCACCUGUAGUUGUACUUAUCCUGCUUGUAACUGUAGCCAGGCAGUAGCCAAACCAGUAAUAAUCAAACAUCAUAAAGGGACCACUAGCAUCUAUCUUAGUGCUCAAACUGCUGCAAAAACAAGUUGGAUGAAUAUUUUUCAUCUCAAGAAAAUGCAAUGAACUUGUGUGAUGAAAAACUAGCAACAUUCACAAGCAUCUUUAAACUGUUGCUCUUACUGCCAAAGCCUUGACAGGGCAAAUCUGAGCUGAACAACAGACACAAAGUGUUUUACUGCACAAUGUCGUAGUCACAGAUGAAUUAUGAGUGCAUUUCAGGGUUCGUCUUUUGGCCCUCACUUGGUUUUCCAGUUUAGGGCUCUCAGAAAAGGGGAAAUGACUGGCUAGCAGCAAAUCUGGAACUCAGCAGUUCAGUAAAGUUAGUUUUUUGCCUAUCUUCCUCAUUAAAUCUUGAAUGGAAUUACAGAACACACAUAUUUUCUGUAAUCACAAGCUAAUAAUCUGCCAUUUGUAUUUUAAUCAGUCCAGACAAGCAGGUUAUCAAAUAUAUAAAUGAGCAUUUAGAAUGUCUUUUUUCAUUUAUUUAAGUUCUCUUUUAUUUCAGUUUGUUUUUGGAAGUAAUUUGGCUUUUCUUUUUAAUAUUGAUGGGAUAUGUUUUUAUAUGUGUCAGAAUGUCUUUUUUAAUUUUUUUUAUCAUUUCGUCACAACUGUUACUGUUCAGAACUUCUCACCAUUCCAUGUUAAAAUUGAGAUUGAGAUGAAAUUUAUUUUAAAGUUUGAAUGUUCAAUUUAAAGCAACUUUAUUUGUAACUUCUUGCAGCAAUGUGAACUCAUACGGUCAAUUCUUCCCUAUAGGAAGCCUAGGCCAUGCCCAUCUACUUCUGAACAAUGGGUCCACGGAAGAACGAAAAAAUGAAUGUGUGUCAAUAAGUUGUUUUCCAAUUCCAUUUAUGUGCCAUGGAUUUCAUAUUUAAUAUUUGUCAAUUUUAAAAACACAUUCUGAUGCCAAUUUCAAAAGUUAUUUUAGGUUUUGUGUGAAAAGGGGGUGGGGUGGUGGUGGUGGUGGCAGGUGGGGGUGGGGGGGGCAUGUCCUCCCACUUUUUCCAAAGUCAAUUUUUGGCCCCCUGCACUUUUUACCAUCCCAAAACAAUAUUACACUACAUUAGACACUGGUUGAGCAGUAGGACCAAGCAGAAAACAACCUAUUGUGUUGAAGCCUGUUUCACAUUAGAACCGUGCAUAAGCUCAUCUACUGGCUCCACUGAUACUUGCUAGUGUGUGAUUGGCCGUUCCUGCCACCUGUGUAUUUGACAGUUCUGCAUUCCUGACAUUGCAUAAAAGAGCCUCUAGGUUGUGGUUUUAUACAUAUUUUUGUAUACUUACUGGAAAGAUCCUCCUCUCCCCCCCGAUCCUCAUGCCGGUUGUGCCCCCCCCCAGUCACAGUUAUGUCCAGGAUUACAAAUGUGCAUCACCAAAGUGACAUGGAGAAGAGCAGUAGUAAAAUGGCUGUGAGAUUAGCAUACUUUAAAUCCUUCCCUCAGGAGGAAGGGACCACCAUAAAUCUCGCCAUGUGGUAAGUAGCAUCUAUGCUGGGGGAGAGGAGAUUCUAGUGUGACAUCAUAUAUUCAAUGUGCUGAGGUCUGAUUAGUAGUCAUAGUAAUUACGAACUUGAUUGGCGUGGUCGAAGCACACAUCAUUACUUUUCAUUUAAACUGAAGUCCAACAUAUGUGUAAUUCAGGGCGUAAGGCAAAGCUAAUUAGAAAAUAUUAUGUAUUAUUUUAGCCUCAGUCACUUGCAUUCCUCUUUUUGUUCUUCCCUGGACCCAUGAUGAGACUUAGGCUCCCUACAUCCUAAAACAUCAUAGAUUUGUUAAAAAUAAAAAGGAAAGAACCAAAAUGUUGAUCUGAGAAGCCACAUUUGACCUCAACAUCACCUCUAUCCACCAGAGUCUUGCUGUUCAGCUACUAGAAACAACACUAAACUUCAGCUGUUUACUUUAACAAUGAAUAAUCUUUUUUCAUGAAAUUACUGUAUCUUUUUAGUUUGGUAUACUCAAUUUCCCCUGCAUUUCUCUCUCUAACCUAUACAUCAAAAUGAGUAAACUGCCUCCUUCUGCAGCACAUAAAAAUUGAACAAUUAUGUUCACCGAGCAAGUGGCCUGCAGCAUAAAGUGUCUUGAGGAAUAAAAAUAAAGAUAAUAGUUAUAAUUCCACUGGUCGAUAAGGCCGACAUGCAGUAAUACAGGACGUGGAUUGAUGGAUGGGAUAUGCCCUAAUCUUUCAACAGAUGUUUUUCUACUUAGUGGAGCUGCAUGUCCUUUAAAAGAUGUAGCAUGUAUGAUUAAUACUUAAAAAAUCAACUGACUUGAACAUUUUCAUAUAUGUCUAGAUGUUACAGUUAUUGAAGAAACUGCAAAAUCUGACUUUUUCUGGUUCCCACAUCCCAGAAAUUAGUUAAGGAAGUAAAACACCUGCUGAUAGUCCAAUGGAUGCACAGAGAUUCAUAGAUAGUGAGAGUUUUCGCUCAUCUGAGUAAAUUAUGAUGCUCUGAGGAACUGUCUGAGUGCUCCUAUUGCCAGCGUAUCGAUCCAUCCUGCCCAUCGUGUUGCGUUAUUUUGUGUGUUGCGGAAGUGAGUGAGGAAAAUGGAAAGCUUUUAGGUACACACACGAGCUGAGACUCUGGCUUUUAGAAGCUGCUUGGUAGUGGCUGGUCUUGUUAAAUGCAAGCUCGGAUGACAGCGUGCUCUGAUGCAUCCUUGCACGCUGUUUACAGCCUGCGUUCUGUAUAUAUUCAACAUAUGCACAUUAUGAUUACUUCAAAGAGAAGGGAAAGGAAUGUGUUGCUACAAUAUGGAGAUUUGUCCAGCUGUUAUGUGAUGAUGUAUGACAUCAUCCUAGGAUCAGACAGGACCAAUUACUGGUAAGUGAAGAGAGGAAAUGGAAGGAAAGGGAAAAUGUGAUAAUGGUGGUUAGAUAAACACUGCCUGCUCUCCGUUUUCUUCUCCAGUGGUGUGUUCUUGUGUUUGUCUAAACUGCUAUUGUGAGGAACACCUUUGUCACUUUCAGCUAGGUCUGGACCUCUGUACUCUCACUUCUUAUUACCAAACAAAAACACUGACGUGACACUCUGUCAAGACAAAAUUUGUCUUGAAGAAACAAACGGAAACAUUUCUGUCCUGCAAUUCACAAUGAAAACAAGAAGACAUUCACACACCAACUCUGAGCCUGUGUUCUUGUGUGUACACACACUGCCUGAGAAUAUUAGUCUUUCUGGACUCACCUGAUGUCAGGACAAACACCUACCUGUGGCUUUAGCAGAACCGCUCUGGAUUCCAACCCACUGCCGAUGGGUUUACACCUUUGUAGCCAUGUUCAUGUGUGUAAAAUCUACUGCUUUUGAUGAUGUCUCAUGCCCUAAAAUACCUAAAGCUUCAGCCAUGAAACAAGCUUCUGCUAUGUGUGGAGGUCCGAGUAUACAGGGCUGAGAUGUGUGCUUGCAGAAUUUAUCAUAUGUACAGUCAGUGUUGGUGAGUUAUCCUUUAAAUUUGUUCUGCUGAAAAAAAAAUCUAAUUCUAAAGAGAAAGUUACCAUAUGUGCCACCUGAAACUGUCUGUUGAUCUUUUAUUUGUUUAUGCCAUAUUAUUUUUCAGGAAAAGAAACUGAGGUUAAAUCAAAAUUCAGGCCUUGGACAAUGUCUUACUGCUGUAUUUUUUACUUUAUUAAAUACUUUCUGUACCUCAAUUCAAGUUUUUCACCAUACAGAGCUAAUUCUCAGCUCCUGAACUCUGAAGUCUGUUUGGUUAUGUGCGUUUGCUAUUUUAUUUAUUCUUUCAAUCAAUUAAAAAAAGACUGAACCCAGAGAUGAACUCUAACUUUCAGUCCACAAAGGAAUUAUGCACCUGAGCAUUCGCAGUGCCCUUCACGAGGACGUCUGCUGGACAGGACCUGCUAGAAGAGACAUUGGAGUCAAGUGUUUUUAUUUAAGGACAUGUAAACAGUAAAGCUAUAAAUUAUAAUCUUGAUGAAUAUAUCAAUAACAAAGUUCGAUAACCCGAUCUUGUGUUUUUGUCGUGUAUCAGAUAAAAUGAUGACACACUCACUCACAGAGACAGUUCACGUAAUCUGAAGGGUAUGUUAGAAUGGAAACCAUCCUAAAUGGUUUGGUGUCCCACUUCUUCCCCUAAGUGAAUCACACCCUAUCUGUGGAUUACUGAGAAAGCAAAGUGGCCUAUUUAUAAAACCAGGGAGAUGUGAAGUGAGGUAAAGAGAGAGAGAGCGAGAGAGAGAGAGAGAGAGAGAGAGAGAGAGAGAGAGAGAGAGAGAGAGAGAAAGAGAGAGAGAGAGAGAGAGAGAGAGAGAGAGAGAGAGAGAGAGAGAGAGAGAGAGAGAGAGAG